AUGCCGGGCCGGAUCCCACACAUGGCUGCCACCACCUGGAACCUGCCAGAACCUAAGCAGCCACCUGCCCAAGUUCUAGGCCUUUCCUGUGAGGCACAGGGCAGUAAUGGAGAAACGACUUCCCUGGUGGCUCAGAGAGUAAAGCGUCUGCUUACAAUGCGGGAGACCCGGGUUCAAUCCCUGGGUCGGGAAGACCUCCUGGAGAAGGAAAUGGCAAACCACCCCAGUAUUCUUGCCUGGGAACUCCCAUGGAUGGAGGAGCCUGGUGGGCUACAGCCCAUGGGGUGGCGAAGAGUCACUUUCACUUUCAAUGGAGAAACAGAUGGGUGA